AUGGCAGAAGCAGAGGGAGGAUCCGAGCAGGAUGACGUUUCAUUCCUGCGGACGGAAGAUAUGGUGUGCCUGUCCUGUACGGCGACCGGGGAGCGUGUCUGCCUGGCGGCCGAGGGUUUCGGCAACCGGCACUGCUUCCUGGAGAACAUCGCAGACAAGAACAUCCCGCCGGACCUAUCGCAGUGCGUGUUCGUGAUCGAGCAGGCCCUCUCGGUGCGUGCGCUGCAGGAGUUGGUAACGGCGGCCGGCUCGGAAACGGGCAAGGGUACCGGUUCCGGACAUCGGACGUUGCUGUACGGCAAUGCCAUCCUGCUGCGUCACAACAACAGCGACAUGUACCUUGCCUGCCUGUCGACGUCGUCCUCCAACGACAAGCUGUCCUUCGACGUGGGUCUGCAGGAGCACAGCCAGGGAGAGGCGUGCUGGUGGACCGUCCAUCCGGCUAGCAAGCAGCGCUCGGAGGGCGAGAAGGUUCGCGUCGGUGACGAUCUCAUCUUGGUGUCUGUCGCUACCGAGCGAUAUCUGCACACGACGAAGGAGAACGAUCUGUCGGUCGUGAAUGCGAGCUUCCACGUGACGCACUGGAGCGUGCAGCCGUACGGGACGGGUAUUUCGCGCAUGAAGUACGUCGGUUACGUGUUUGGUGGCGAUGUGCUGCGGUUCUUCCACGGCGGCGACGAGUGUCUCACGAUCCCCAGCACCUGGAGCGAAGAUCUCGGUCAAAAUAUCGUGGUGUACGAAGGUGGCUCGGUGAUGUCGCAGGCCCGAUCGCUGUGGCGCCUCGAACUGGCUCGCACCAAGUGGACCGGUGGGUUCAUCAACUGGUCGCAUCCGAUGCGCAUCCGCCACCUGACAACCGGCCGGUACCUCGGCGUGAACGACAACAACGAGCUGAUCCUGAUGACGCGCGACCAAGCGACCACCUCGCAGACGGCGUUCGUGCUGCGCCUGGAGAAGGAUGACCAGAAGGUGGUGCUGGAGGACAAGGAUCUGGAGAUCAUCGGGGCGCCGAUCAUCAAGUACGGUGACUCGACCGUCAUCAUGCAGCACCACGAGUCGAGCCUGUGGGUCAGCUACAAGAGCUACGAAACGAAGAAGAAGGGCGUCGGCAAGGUCGAGGAGAAGCAAGCGAUCCUGCACGAGGAGGGCAAGAUGGACGAUGGGUUGGACUUUUCGCGCUCGCAGGAGGAAGAGUCGCGUACGGCCCGCGUCAUCCGCAAGUGUAGCAGUCUGUUCACCAAGUUCAUCAGUGGCCUUGAGACGCUCCAGGAGAAUCGGCGUCAUUCGAUCUUCCUGCAGACGGUCAACCUGGGCGAGAUGGUGAUGUGUCUGGAGGAUCUAAUCAACUACUUCGCCCAGCCAGAGGACGACAUGGAGCACGAGGAGAAGCAGAACCGGCUGCGGGCACUCCGCAACCGGCAGGACCUGUUUCAGGAGGAGGGCGUCCUGAACCUGAUCCUCGAGGCGAUCGACAAGAUCAACGUCAUCUCGUCGCAGGGCUUCCUGGCGUCGUUUCUGGCGAGCGACGAGAGCGGCCAGAGCUGGGACAUGAUCUCCGGCUACCUCUACCAGCUGCUGGCGGCCAUCAUCAAGGGCAACCACACGAACUGUGCCCAGUUCGCCAACUCGAACCGCCUGAACUGGCUGUUCUCGCGCCUUGGCUCGCAGGCGUCCAGUGAGGGUUCCGGCAUGCUCGAUGUGUUGCACUGCGUCCUGAUUGACUCGCCGGAAGCGCUGAACAUGAUGCGGGACGAGCACAUCAAGGUGAUCAUCUCGCUGCUGGAGAAGCACGGCCGCGAUCCAAAGGUCCUGGACGUACUGUGUUCACUGUGCGUUGGUAACGGCGUGGCGGUCCGCUCGUCCCAGAACAACAUCUGUGACUUUCUGCUGCCGGGCAAGAACCUGCUCCUGCAGACGAGCCUCGUCGACCAUGUGGCCAGUAUCAGGCCGAACAUCUUUGUGGGCCGCGUCAGUGGGUCCGCCAUCUACCAGAAGUGGUACUUCGAGGUGACGAUGGACCACAUCGAGCAGAUGACGCACAUGACACCGCACCUGCGCAUCGGCUGGGCCAACACGGCCGGCUACGUGCCGUACCCGGGCGGCGGCGAAAAGUGGGGCGGCAACGGUGUCGGGGACGAUCUGUUCUCGUACGGGUUCGACGGGAUGCACUUCUGGUCGGCCGGCCGCCGGACGCGGGUCGUGCCGGCCGACGUGACGGAACCGUUCAUCCGGAAGGGUGACGUCAUCGGGUGUACGCUCGACCUGAGCGUGCCGGUCAUCCGCUUCACCUUCAACGGCGAGCCGGUGCAGGGUUGCUUCACCGACUUCAACCUGGACGGGAUGUUCUUCCCGGUGAUGAGCUGCUCGUCGAAGCUCAGCUGUCGCUUCCUGUUCGGGGGCGACAACGGGCGCAUGAAGUUCAGCCCACCGCCCGGCUUCUCGCCGCUCGUACAGUGCCUUAUGCCCCACCAGAACCUCAGUCUCGAUCCGUGCUUCUACUUCGGAAACCUGCACAAGAACGUGCUGGCCGGGCCGUGGCUGGUGGAGGACGACUCGGCGUUCGUGCCGAUGCCGGUCGAUACGUCGGCCGUGACGCUCCCGUCCUCGGUCGAGACGAUCCGGGACAAGCUGGCGGAAAACAUCCACGAGAUGUGGGCCCUCAACAAGAUCGAGGCCGGCUGGACGUGGGGUGAGCGACGCGACGAUGUGUACCGUAUCCAUCCGUGUCUGACGUCGUUCGAGAAGUUGCCGGCGGCGGAAAAGCGCUACGACAGCCAGCUGGCCGUGCAGACUCUCAAGACGAUCCUGUCGCUCGGUUACUACAUCUCGGUCGACAAACCGCCGGCUCGUAUCCGGCCGAUCCGCCUACCGAACGAUCCGUACAUGCAGGGUAACGGCUACAAGCCGGGCCCGCUCGACCUGAGUGCCGCCGUACUGACGCCCAAGAUGGAGGAGCUCGUCGACCAGCUGGCGGAGAACACGCACAACCUGUGGGCGAAGGAGCGCAUCCAGCAGGGCUGGACGUACGGGCUGAACGAGGACGCCGACAACCUGCGCAGUCCGCACCUGGUGCCGUACUCGAAGGUGGACGAAGCGAUCAAGAAGGCGAACCGGGACACGGCCUCGGAAACCGUCCGGACGCUGCUCAUCUACGGCUACAACCUGGACCCACCGACGGGCGAGGCGAACGAGGCGCUGGCUGCCGAAGCCCUGCGUCAGAAGUUUGCCGCCUUCCGGACGUACCGCGUCGAGCGGACGUACGCCGUCAGCUCGGGCAAGUGGUACUUCGAGUUCGAGGUGCUCGCCGCCGGUCCGAUGCGGGUCGGUUGGGCUCGAGCCGACUGUAAUCCCGGGACAAUGCUCGGUAGCGACGAUGCAUCGUGGGCCUUCGAUGGUUACAACGAAGAGAAAGUGUCCGGCGGUGCUACGGAGUCGUUCGGCAAACAGUGGAUGCCGGGCGAUAUCGUCGGCGUAUUUCUUGACUUAGUGGAUCAUACGAUCAGUUUCUCGCUGAACGGGGAACUCCUGAUGGAUGCGCUGGGCGGCGAAACGACGUUUGCGGACGUUAACGCACCGGAGGGUGUCGGCUUUGUGCCAGCCUGUACGAUCGGAAUUGGCCAAAAGGCUCGCGUCGUCUACGGGCAGGACGUGGACUCGCUCAAGUGGUUCACCACCUGUGGUCUGCAGGAAGGCUACGAACCGUUCUGCGUAAACAUGAAACGCCCGGUCACCCACUGGUACACGAAGGAUCAGCCGAUUUUUGAGAACACGGACGAGGUACCGGACGGCCGGAUCGACGUGACGCGCAUCCCGGGCGGUGCCGAUACGCCACCGUGCAUGAAGAUCUCCCACAACACGUUCGAAACGAUGGAGAAAGCGAACUGGGAGUUCCUGCGGCUGUCGCUCCCGGUCACGUGUGCCGGUUCGUUCAUCACCGAAACGGAGAAGAUGCACCGCUGGGAGGAGAUCCGCAUCCGGCAGCACCGGCUGAUGACGGAAGUCGAGCACGCGGCACCGGCUCACUUCGACCACAUCAUGCGCAGCGGAUUCACGAUGAGCGACAUCAAGGGGCUGCACCGGAACUACUCGGAGGAUGCGGCCGAAGCGGACGAGCUGAUGCGUCCAACGAACGGCCCCCAGCGCCCCUCACGCCACCCAGGCCGCACGGGUGGGCUCAGCCCGCCCGGCAUCGAGAUCAACGGUGAGGCGACGAGCGACGGUGAGCUGAACGCGUACUCCGACAACGAACUGGACGGAACGGAUGGUACCGAUGGGCGCAAGAAGCGCGGUCGUAGCCCGUUCCGGCUGUUCGGCAAGAAGCGCGACCAGAGCAAGGACAAGCUGAAGGCGGAUCGCCGGACGCCCGAGCCGGAACCUCGCAAGAGCAACCUGAAGGUUCGCGGUGGCCAAACGAGCGCGCGCCUGUCGAGCAGCGAUCUCCGCCAGCAGCCCCCGAUGGUGCCGGACCGGAAGGCCGGCAUGGCGGGCGGUAACGCGCAGGUCGAGUCGUUCGGUAACGAGGUGUACGAUGCCGACUGUCUGCGGCUCAUCAACGAGUACUUCUACGGUGUGCGGAUCUUCCCCGGGCAGGACCCGACGCACGUGUACGUCGGCUGGGUCACCACCCAGUACCACGUGCACAGCAAGGAGUUCAACCAGGGCAAGGUGCGCCACGCCGCGAUCUACGUGGAGGAUGAGGUCGGCAAAACGAUCGAAAUCGUGAACCGCCAGUCGUGCUACAUGGUCCGAGCGGACGAGCUGUUCAACGAGGUCACGCAAGACGCAUCCGGGAAGGGUGCGUCGCAGGGUAUGUUCGUCGGGUGUUUCGUCGAUACGGCCACCGGAACGAUUCGGUUCACGUGCGAGGGCAAGGAAACGUCGCACGUGUUCCUGAUGGAACCGGACACCAAGCUGUUCCCGGCCAUCUUCGUCGAGGCGACAAGCAAGGAGAUCCUGCAGAUCGAGCUGGGCCGCACACCGACCACGCUGCCCCUAUCGGCGGCCGUCCUGCCGACGGGCGACAAGCACAUCAACCCGCAGUUCCCGCCGCGCCUGAAGGUCCAGUGUCUGAAGCCGCACCAGUGGGCUCGGGUGCCUAAUACCGCACUCCAAGUGCACGCCCUCAAGCUGUCCGACAUCCGCGGCUGGUCGAUGCUGUGCGAGGAUCCGGUGUCGAUGCUGGCGCUCCACAUCCCCGAGGAGGAUCGUUGUAUGGAUGUUCUCGAACUGAUCGAAAUCGAUCGCCUGCUGCAGUUCCACGCGCACACGCUGACCCUCUACUCGGCCCUCUGCUACCAGUCCAACUACCGGGCGGCCCAUGCGCUCUGCUCGCACGUCGACCAGAAGCAGCUCCUGUACGCGAUCCAGUCCGAGUACAUGAGCGGUCCGCUGCGACUCGGCUUCUACGAUCUGUUGAUCUCGCUGCACCUCGAGUCACACGCCACGACAAUGGAGGUCUGUAAGAAUGAGUACAUCAUUCCGCUCGGGACCGACCUGAAGGAGGUGUACGCGGACUCGGAAAUGUGCCACUCGCUGCGCUCGCUCCAAACGCUGUCGGUGCAGCCGGAAAUGAAUAUGACCGAGAUUGCUCCACCCACACCCUCACAAUCGAAUAUGCCGACAAUAGUAGCACCAGAUUCUUCCAGUGAACCCAUACCGGCAAUUGACUCGUUAUAUUCGCCAAGAUUCCCACUCGAGGUGGUGAGAGAGUUCGUGAUGAGUGCACUGCAGGAGGCAGUCCUGAUCAAUCAGGUGCACAAUCGCGACCCGAUCGGUGGAUCGAACGAAAACCUGUUCCUACCCUUGAUCAAGUUGAUCGACCGGCUGCUGCUGGUGGGUGUCAUCACGAACGAGGACGUCGAAAAGCUGCUCAUCAUGAUCGAUCCCGAGACGUGGGACCCGUUGUUCGUGAAGGAAGGUAAGGACGAGCACCGGAAGGGCCUGCUGCGGAUGAAGAUGGCCGAGGGGGCCAAGCUGCAGAUGUGCUACCUGUUGCACCAUCUCUACGACGUGCAGUUGAGGCAUCGCGUCGAGAGCAUCAUCGCGUUCGCCCACAACUACGUCGGUGAUCUGCAGCAAGAUCAGUUGCGCCGGUACAUCGAGAUCAAGCAAUCGGAUCUGCCCAGUGCCGUGGCGGCAAAGAAGACACGCGAGUUCCGCUGUCCACCGCGCGAACAGAUGAACGCCAUCCUCGGCUUCAAGAACCUGGAGGAAGACGAUCUCGAGAACGCGUCCUGUGGUCCGGAUCUGCGCAACCGGCUGGUCGAGUUCCACGACGGGCUGAUGGGAAAGGUUUCGCUGAACGCGCUCCAGGAACCGGAGGAACCCGAGGCGGACAAACUGAACGAGACGCGCCCGGGUGCGAUUAAGAAGCUGUACAACUUCAUCAACGCCGUCAAAGAGCUAGAAGAGGACCCGAAGGAGCCGGUCGAGGAGGAGAAGAAAACGCCCGAGGAGGUAUUCCGCAAGGUGCUGAUCAAGCAGCUCGUCUCGUGGGCGGAAGAAUCGCAGAUCGAGAACCCGAAGCUGGUGCGCGAAAUGUUCGGGCUGCUCGUCCGUCAGUACGACACGAUCGGUGAGCUGAUCAAGGCGCUCAACAAAACGUACGUGAUCAACUCGAAAACGAAGGCCGACGUCGCGAACAUGUGGAUCGGGCUGAGCCAGAUCCGGGCGCUGCUGCCGGUCCAGAUGAGCCAGGAAGAGGAGGAGCUGAUGCGCAAGCGGCUCUGGAAGCUGGUCAACAAUCACACGUUCUUCCAGCACCCGGACCUGAUCCGCAUUCUGCGCGUACACGAGAACGUGAUGGCGGUGAUGAUGAACACUCUGGGGCGGCGGGCCCAGGCCCAGAGCGACGCGCCGGUGCAGACGGCCGACGGCGAAGAGUCGGCUCCGAAGGAGAAGGACACCUCGCAUCAGAUGGUGGUCGCGUGCUGUCGCUUCCUGUGCUACUUCUGCCGCACCGGGCGCCAGAACCAGAAGGCCAUGUUCGACCACUUCGACUUUCUGCUCGAGAACUCCAACAUCCUGCUGUCGCGCCCGAGUCUUCGGGGGUCCACACCACUCGAUGUGGCCUACUCCAGUCUGAUGGAGAACACGGAGCUGGCGCUGGCACUCCGCGAACACUACCUGGAGAAGAUCGCGAUCUACCUGUCGCGGUGCGGACUACAGAGCAACUCGGAGCUGAUCGAGCGUGGCUAUCCGGACCUCGGGUGGGAUCCGGUCGAAGGCGAACGGUAUCUAGAUUUCCUACGUUUCUGCGUGUGGGUGAACGGUGAGAGCGUCGAGGAGAACGCCAAUCUCGUGAUCCGGCUGCUGAUCCGGCGCCCCGAGUGUCUCGGGCCGGCCCUGCGCGGUGAGGGAGAAGGUCUGCUGAAGGCCAUCAUCGAGGCGAACAAGAUGUCGGAACGGAUCUCCGAGCGAAGGAAGCUUCAGGAGGAGACCGACGGUACGAUCGUGGGCCUGAACUUUACGCAUCCGCUGCCCGAAGGGGACGACGACGAGGACUACAUCGAUACGGGGGCCGCCAUCCUGUGCUUCUACUGUACGCUGGUGGAUCUGCUGGGUCGCUGCGCUCCGGACGCGGCCGUGAUCGAGCAGGGCAAGAAUGAGUCGCUCCGGGCGCGCGCUAUCCUGCGCUCGCUCGUCCCGCUCGAGGACCUGCAGGGGGUGCUGAGUCUCAAGUUCACGCUCACCAAUCCGGCCGUCGGGGAGGACAGGCCCAAGUCCGACAUCCCGUCCGGUCUGGUGCCCGGCCACAAGCAGAGCGUUGUGCUGUUCCUCGAGCGCGUCUACGGGAUCGAAACGCAGGAGCUGUUCUACCGGCUGCUGGAGGAUGCGUUCCUGCCCGACCUGCGCGCCGCCACCAUGCUCGAUCGGAGUGAUGGGUCCGAGAGUGAUAUGGCGCUCUCGAUGAACCGCUACAUCGGCAACUCCAUCCUGCCGCUGCUGAUCAAGCACUCGAAGUUCUACAACGAGGCCGAAAACUACGCCAGCCUGCUGGACGCCACGCUUCACACCGUAUACCGGAUGUCCAAGAACCGGAUGCUGACCAAGGGUCAGCGCGAGGCCGUGUCGGACUUUCUGGUCGCCCUCACGUCGGCCAUGCACCCGGCGAUGCUGCUGAAGCUGCUCCGCAAGCUGACUGUCGACGUGUCGAAGCUGUCGGAGUACACGACGGUGGCGCUGCGGCUGCUGACGCUACACUACGAGCGGUGCGCCAAGUACUACGGUACCACCGGCGGUGGCCAAGCGUCCCAGUUCGGGGCGUCGUCGGACGAGGAGAAGCGCCUCACGAUGCUGCUGUUCUCGAACAUCUUCGACUCGCUCAGCAACAUGGACUACGAUCCGGAGCUGUUCGGUAAAGCGUUGCCGUGUCUGAUCGCGAUCGGGUGCGCUCUGCCGCCCGACUACAGUCUGUCCAAGAACUCGGACGACGAUCUGUACGGCAAACCGACCGGCGGUGGGCCCGAUCAGCCGCACUACAAUCCGCUGCCGAUCGACACGAGUAUGGUGCAGCUGACGAACGAUCUUAAUCAGAUCGUGCAAAAGUUCAGCGAACAUUACCACGACGCGUGGGCAAGCCGCAAGCUGGAGAACGGGUGGACCUACGGUGAUCAGUGGUCCGACGCGAACAAGACCCACCCACGGCUCAAGCCGUACAACACCCUGAGCGAAUACGAACGUGAACGUUACCGUGAGCCGGUACGGGAAAGCUUGAAGGGCCUGCUGGCGUUGAACUGGAGAAUCGAGCACUCCGAGGGUGACGUCCCACUAUCGAACCGCGGUUCCAUGCGUCGCCAAUCGAAGCCCAAUCUUGAAUUGCAGGCCGAUACGGGAUCACCGUUCAACUACAAUCCGCACCCGGUCGACAUGACCAACCUGACGCUGAGCAGGGAGAUGCAGAACAUGGCCGAACGGUUGGCCGAAAACUCGCACGACAUUUGGGCGAAGAAGAAGAACGAAGAGCUGAACCAGUGCGGCGGGGCCAUCCACGCCCAGCUCGUCCCGUACGAUCUGCUGACGGACAAGGAGAAGCGCAAGGACCGCGAGCGGUCGCAGGAGUUCCUGAAGUAUCUCCAGUACCAGGGGCUCAAGCUGCACAAACCAUCGCGUGGCCAAGGAACGGAGGAACCGGGCAUGACUACGGCCGCCAUCGAGCUGCGCUUCGCUUACUCGCUGCUCGAGAAGCUGAUCUCGUACAGCGAUCGAGCGACGAUCAACAUGAAGCUGCUCAAACCAUCGACCACCUUCAGUCGCCGGUCGUCGUUCAAGACAUGCUCGCGGGACAUUAAGUUCUUCUCAAAGGUCGUCCUGCCGUUGAUGGAGAAGUACUUCUCGACGAACCGCAACUACUUCAUCGCGAUCGCGACGGCCACCAACAACGUCGGGGCUGCGUCGCUGAAGGAGAAGGAGAUGGUGGCGGCCCUGUUCUGCAAGCUGGCCAGCCUGCUGCGCUACCGCCUGGCAGCGUUCGGGGCGGACGUCCGCAUCACCGUGCGCUGUCUGCAGGUGCUGGUGAAGAGCAUCGACGCCAAGUCGCUGGUCAAGAACUGUCCCGAGUUUAUUCGCACCUCGAUGCUGACGUUCUUUAACAACACCGCCGACGAUCUGGGACAAACGAUCGUCAAUCUGACGGACGGCAAGUACGAUCGGCUCCGCGGGACGCACCUGAAGACGUCCACCUCGCUGGCGUACGUCAACCAGGUGAUCCUGCCGGUUCUGACGUCACUGUUCGAUCAUCUGGCCGCCUGCGAUUAUGGCAGUGAUCUGUUGCUGGACGAAAUUCAGGUGGCAUCGUACAAGACCCUGUCGGCGCUGUACACCCUCGGUACCGAUACGUCGCUGACGCGCGACCGCAAGUACCUCAAGACCGAGCUCGAGCGCCACAAGCCCGCGCUCGGGUCGUGCCUCGGUGCGUUCAGUUCCUGCUUCCCGGUGGCCUUCCUGGAGCCGCAUGCCAACAAGCACAACCCGUUCUCGCUGCUCAACCGCAUCGCGGACACUUCGCUCGAGGCGCAAGAUAUUAUGACCAAAAUGGAGAGCUACAUGCCGACGCUGGAGUCGAUCCUGGCGGAGGUGGAUCAGUUUGUGGAGUCGGAGAAAACGUACCAGGAGGCGCAGCACAUUAUCGACGUGAUUUUGCCGCUGCUCUGCUCGUACCUGCCGUUCUGGUGGAAUCAGGGCCCGGACAACGUUAGCCCGCAGUCGGGUAACCACGUCACGAUGGUGACGGCCGACCAUAUGAACCAUCUGCUGAAGAACGUGCUGAAGAUGAUCCGCAAGAACAUUGCGAACGAGAACGCCCCGUGGAUGACGCGAAUCGCCACGUACACGCAGCAGAUCAUUAUCAACAGCUCGGAGGAGCUGCUGAAGGACGUCUUCCUGCCGCUGGCCGAGCGGGUCAAAAAGCGCUGCGACAGCAUGUUCCACAAGGAGGAAAGCUUGCGUGGUUUCCUCAAGUCUUCCACCGAUGAUACCUCCCAGAUUGAAGCCCAGAUCCAGGAGGACUGGCAACUGCUGGUGCGCGACAUUUACUCGUUCUACCCGCUGCUCAUCAAGUACGUCGAUCUGCAGCGCAACCACUGGCUGAAGGACAACGUGUCGGAGGCCGAAGAGCUGUACAACCACGUGGCCGAGAUCUUCAACGUGUGGUCCAAGAGCCAGUACUUCCUGAAGGAGGAGCAAAACUUUAUCUCGGCCAACGAGAUCGACAACAUGGCCCUAAUCAUGCCGACCGCGACGCGCCGUUCGGCCGCCAUCUCGGGUGACGUGCCCGCGUCCGGCGGCAAGGUGAAGAAGAAGAAGCGCAGCCGCGACAAGAAGCGGGACAAGGACAAGGAAAUUCAGUCCAGUCUGAUGGUGGCGUGCCUGAAGCGUCUGCUGCCGGUCGGUCUUAAUCUGUUCGCCGGCAAAGAGCAGGAGCUGGUACAGCACUGCAAAGACCGGUAUCUGAAGAAAAUGCCCGAGUACGAGGUGAUUGAGUUCGCCCGCACGCAGCUCACCCUGCCCGACAAGCUCGAUCCGGCCGACGAGAUGUCCUGGCAGCACUACCUGUACUCGAAGCUCGGCAAAAAAGAGCAACUGGUGCAGGACUCGGUCGAGAAGAGCGACAAGAAGCCGGAAAACAAAAUCGAAGACACGGUGGAGCGGAUCGUCGCGAUGGCCAAGGUUUUGUUUGGCCUGCACAUGAUCGACCAUCCACAACAGCAAAGCAAAAACGUUUACAGAAGUUGCGUCUCGAUACAGAGAAAACGAGCGGUUAUUGCCUGUUUCAGACAAGUUUCCUUACAUUCACUGCCAAGACACCGAGCUUGCAACAUAUUUGGAAGAAGCUACUCGGAGCUGUGGCUGGAGGAUGAGAACGUUGGCCAGGAAGUCAUGAUUGAGGAUCUAACUCAAACUUUCGAGGAUGCGGAAAAGAAGAAAAAGGACGAGGAAGAGGAAGAAAGUAAGCCCGAUCCGCUGACACAGCUCGUGACGACGUUCUGCCGUGGUGCUAUGACGGAGCGCAGCGGGGCCCUGCAAGAGGAUCCCCUGUACAUGUCCUACGCCAGCAUUGUGGCUCGAUCGUGUGGUGAAGAGGAAGAAGAGGGUGGCGACGAGGAGGAAGGUGCUGGCGAUGACGAGGGUGGCGCUAGCAUUCACGAACAAGAAAUGGAGAAGCAGAAACUACUGUUCCAUCAGGCCCGUUUGGCCAAUCGCGGCGUGGCGGAGAUGGUGCUACUGCACAUUUCGGCCUCGAAGGGUCUCCCGUCGGAGAUGGUGAUGCGAACGCUCGAGCUGGGAAUCGCGGUGCUGCGCGGUGGCAACAUCGACAUCCAGAUGGGAAUGCUGAACCACCUGAAGGAGAAGAAGGACGUUGGAUUCUUCACCUCGAUCGCGGGGCUGAUGAACUCGUGCAGUGUCCUCGAUCUGGACGCGUUCGAGCGCAACACCAAGGCAGAAGGUCUGGGCGUCGGUUCGGAUGGUGCCGCCGGCGAGAAGAACAUGCACGACGCCGAGUUCACGUGCGCGCUGUUCCGGUUCAUCCAGCUGACCUGCGAGGGCCACAACCUGGACUGGCAGAACUAUCUGCGUACGCAGGCCGGCAACACGACCACGGUGAACGUGGUCAUCUGCACCGUCGACUAUCUGCUGCGGCUGCAGGAAUCGAUCAUGGACUUCUACUGGCACUACUCGAGCAAGGAGCUGAUCGAUCCGGCCGGUAAGGCCAACUUCUUCAAGGCCAUCGGAGUCGCCAGCCAGGUCUUCAACACGCUCACGGAGGUCAUCCAGGGUCCGUGUACGCAGAACCAGCAAGCGUUGGCCCACUCGCGUCUGUGGGACGCCGUCGGAGGUUUCCUGUUCCUGUUCUCGCACAUGCAGGACAAACUGUCGAAACACUCGAGCCAGGUCGAUCUACUGAAGGAGCUGCUGAACCUGCAGAAGGACAUGAUCACCAUGAUGCUUUCGAUGCUGGAGGGUAACGUCGUCAACGGUACGAUCGGUAAACAGAUGGUGGACACGCUCGUCGAGUCGGCCUCGAACGUCGAGCUGAUCCUGAAGUACUUCGAUAUGUUCCUGAAGCUGAAGGACCUCACGUCCACGCCCAGCUUCAUGGAGAUCGACCCGAACGGGGAUGGGUGGAUUUUGCCGAAGGAUUUCCGCGAAAAGAUGGAACAGCAGAAGAGCUACACGCCGGAAGAGAUCGAGUUUCUGCUGGCGUGCUGCGAAACGAACCACGACGGCAAGAUCGACUACAUCGGCUUCGUCGACCAGUUCCACGAGCCGGCCAAGGAGAUCGGCUUCAAUUUGGCCGUCCUGCUGACGAACCUGUCGGAGCACAUGCCGAACGAACCGCGGUUGGCCCGGUUCAUCGAAACGGCCGGCUCGGUGCUGAACUACUUCGAGUCGUUCUUGGGGCGCAUCGAGAUCAUGGGCUCGUCGAAGCGCAUCGAGCGGGUGUACUUCGAGAUCAAGGAGGCGAACAUUGAGCAGUGGGAAAAGCCACAGAUCAAGGAGUCGAAGCGCGCGUUCUUCUACUCGAUCGUCACCGAGGGCGGCGACAAGGAGAAACUGGAGGCGUUCGUCAACUUCUGCGAGGACGCCAUCUUUGAGAUGACGCACGCCUCGGGUCUGAUGGCGAGCGACGACGACGGGGCGACCGUGCGGCGGGAUCAAGCGUUCACGUACAUCAGCGAGGAGGAGGAGGAGCGCGCGGCGCGCGAUCCGAUCAAGCGCACCAUCCAGGCGAUCAAGGAUGGUUUGUCCUACUCGAUGUACAUGAUCAGCCCGUCCAACAUCAAGCACCAGAUCACCGUGCUGCAGACGAAAUCAUUCCCCGAAAUCAUAGUCGGCUUUUUCAAGAUGAUCUUCUACGCGUUCUACUACUCGGGCUUCGGUGUGUCGGUCGUGAUCCGGUACCUCGUAAACAUCCUGAUGUCGCUGAUGCGUGGCCCGGCCCACGAGGACGAGGGGCCGAUCCCGGAAGCGGAACCAUCGCUCCGCGCGCUGCCACCGCUCCCACUAGAGGAGGCCCCGGGAACGGUGCAGGCGUUCGGGUUGGACAUCAGCAAGGAGGAAAACGGACAGUACCGCAUGCAACCGCACGAAUCGCCCGCCCUGAGCCCAUCGUCGUCCAUCGAGGAAACGGGCGAAAGCAGCCCCGAAGAUGGCUCGGCCGAGCAGACGGGCGAAGGUCUGGCGCCGGGUGAGUCUCCGAUGACGCUGGUCGACCUGCUCGGUGGCGAGGCUGCCAAGCGAGCCGCCCAGGAGCGCACGGAAGCCCAGAAGGCCCAGGAAGCGACCCUGGCCAGCAUCGAGGCCGAAUCGAAGAAAGCGUCCGCCGAAACGAAAGAACCAGCCGCCGUCCACCAGAUCGACUUCUCCAAGUACACGAAGAAGUGCGUCAGCUACCUGGCGCGUAACUUCUACAACCUUAAGUACGUCGCACUGGUUCUGGCGUUCUGCAUCAACUUUAUGCUGCUGUUCUACAAGGUAACGGUCCUGGGCGGCGAGGACGAGGGCGAAGGAGGAUCGGGCGACGGGCUGCUGGGGCUUGGGUCCGGACUUGGUUCCGGGCUCGGUAUCAUCGAGACCGGCUCCGGUGGUGGCGAAGGUGGCAGUGGCGAGGGCGGCGAAGGCGAAGAGGAGGACCCACUGGAGAAGGUGCACGUCGACGAGGACUUUUUCUACAUGGAGCACGUGCUACGGGUGGCCGCCAUGCUGCACAGUUUGGUGUCGCUCGCCAUGCUGAUCGCCUACUACCACCUGAAGGUUCCGCUUGCCAUUUUCAAGCGCGAGAAGGAGAUCGCCCGCCGGCUGGAGUUCGAUGGUCUGUUCAUCGCGGAGCAACCGGAGGACGACGACAUCAAGUCGCACUGGGACAAGCUGGUGAUAUCGGCCAAAACGUUCCCGGUCAACUAUUGGGACAAGUUCGUCAAGAAGAAGGUCCGCCAGAAGUACAGCGAGACGUACGACUUCGACUCGAUCUCGAACCUGCUCGGCAUGGAGAAGACGGCAUUCGCGGCGCAGGAAGCGAACGAGGGCGGUGGCUUCUUCAGCUUCGUCGCCAACAUCGACUGGCGGUACCAGAUCUGGAAGGCGGGCGUUACUAUCACGGACAACUCGUUCCUGUACUCGCUCUGGUACUUUACGUUCUCGGUGAUGGGCAACUUCAAUCAGUUCUUCUUCGCGGCCCACCUGCUCGACGUGGCGGUCGGCUUCAAGACACUCCGCACGAUCCUGCAGUCGGUCACGCACAACGGCAAGCAGCUGGUGCUGACGGUGAUGCUGCUCACGAUCAUCGUCUACAUCUACACGGUGAUCGCGUUCAACUUCUUCCGCAAGUUCUACAUCCAGGAGGACGACGACGGCGAGGAGGGCGACCGGAAGUGUCACAACAUGGCUACCUGCUUCGUGUUCCACCUGUACAAGGGUGUGCGGGCGGGCGGUGGUAUCGGUGACGAGAUCGGCGAUCCGGACGGCGACGAGUACGAGGUGUACCGGAUCCUGUUCGACAUCACGUUCUUCUUCUUCGUCAUCGUCAUCCUGCUGGCCAUCAUCCAGGGUUUGAUCAUUGACGCGUUCGGUGAGCUGCGUGAUCAGCUCGAGUCGGUCAAGGAGGACAUGGAGUCCAACUGCUUUAUCUGUGGCAUAGGCAAGGACUACUUUGAUAAGGUACCGCACGGGUUCGAUACGCACGUGGCCCAAGAGCACAACUUGGCCAACUACAUGUUCUUCCUGAUGCAUUUAAUCAACAAACCGGACACGGAGUACACCGGUCAAGAGACGUACGUGUGGAACAUGUACCAGCAGCGGUGCUGGGACUUCUUCCCCGUCGGUGACUGCUUCCGCAAGCAAUACGAGGACGAACUGGGUGGUGGUGGCAGCUAGGCUUAGUGCUUACCUGUGGACCACCUGCGACAAACAGUGUGACAUAACCUUAAUCCGAAGUUUAUCCCCCACAAAAAUUGAAACCAAAGAACAGACAAACAAACGAACAAUCAUCUUUGCACGGGAACGUCAGGCGAUAGAAA